UUUCCCUUCAACUAACUCAUUCAGAUUCAACAUUUUUCUCGGGCCGCUGCAAAGACAGGUAUAUCUCUAUGUUCCCCUUCUGGAUUUGUAGAGGCUCCCUCAAAGUGAUAAACACUGGUCAAUUUCUAUUAGCUUCCCGAUAGCCUUAAUUUGAUCUCUUUGCAUUAUAUAAUACUCUCUUUAUAUUGUUAUUGUGAUGAUAAACCAUGAGAAUCAACCCACAUGCACAUAUAUUAUGUCUUAACCAUCUUCAUCUUGUGCUAUUUGAAAGACAGUUUAAGCGCCUACGUCAUCAUCCAUGGAGCUCUCGGCCGGCAUACUCCAAUUACUUAUUCAAAUAAGGAAUGCUCAAUUUCUUCUUUCUGAUUUUGAAAAGAUGACGUCUAAUAGUAUUUCUAGAACAAUAAUUAUACGAUUAAACUAUUAUAUAUUUGACACAACAAUUCAACCACAAUAACAGUUAAUUACCUAGAUAAACCGGUGGCCACCAACUACACAAAAAUCAAGCCACCAAACACCACCGGUUCACUACUGCUUGUCCCCACCGAUUUUCAACCAUUGAAUCCGGCCACCAAACACCACCCAAAAAAAUACGUAUUUUUUUUAUAAAAAAAAAAAAAAAAUCCAUAUAUAUGAGAAGUUUGAGAACCCAUUAAUUCUAUAUUACAAUUAAAUUAGGAGAUAAGAUGCAGCAUCAAUGAAAUUGUGAUUUUUCACUUAUUUGCAGAAAUUCUGUGUGGAUUGGGACCAACUCAACGAUUGAUUCCGCGUCCCAAAAGGCUCUGAUGUGAUAUAGUGUAAAAGAAAAUCAUUGGCAACUGGAUAUCUUGGGUUUGCAGGAGUUUAGAUUUGAAGUGGAUUGUCUGCAAGGAUGUUGAGAAAUGAAUAUAUGCAUUACUUUCCAAUCUGUUUUUGUCUUCUCUUCCUUACCUUGAUAGGUCUUGUAGCUGUAAAUGGAGAUCUAAAAAAGGAAUUUUACAUUGUUUUCUUGAAUGAUCGUCCACUUGAGGAGGAAUCUUUGUUUCAGUCACACAUUGAUGUCCUCUCAGCCUUGAAGGGAAGUCAUGCUGAUGCUAAGGAGUCCCAUGUAUAUAGCUACACGAAAAUCUUCAAUGCAUUUGCUGCAAAACUAUCGGGAGAUGAAGCCAAAAAGUUAUCCAGCAUGGAUGAGGUGCAUGCUGUUUUCAAAAAUCAAUAUCGAAAGCUACAUACAACUCGAUCGUGGGACUUCCUUGGUUUUCCUCAAACAGUAAGAAGAAAUUUGAAAAUGGAGAGGGACAUUAUUAUUGGUGUACUAGAUUCAGGUAUCACUCCAAAUUCAGAAAGCUUUAAGGACGAUGGAUUGGGUCCUCCACCAGUGAGAUGGAAAGGAAGUUGUGGCCCCUUUGUUCAUUUUUUAGGAUGCAACAACAAGCUUAUAGGAGCCAAAUACUUCAAGGCAGACCAAGAACUCUUCCCUGGGGAAAUAUUCUCGCCAGUAGAUGUGAGUGGCCACGGGACUCAUGUAUCAUCAACAGCUGUGGGACGUCUUGUAGCAAAUGCAAGCGUAUAUGGACUUGGUAGAGGGACUGCACGCGGAGCAAUGCCCUCGGCGAGAUUGGCUAUGUACAAGGUGUGCUGGGGCGCCAAUAUUCUUUGUGCAGAUAUGGACAUUCUUGCUGGCGUUGAAGCCGCUAUCAGUGAUGGUGUUGAUAUACUGUCCAUGUCUCUUGGUGGUCAAUCGCAAGAUUUCUUGGACGUUGUAGGAGUGGCUUCAUUUUUUGCCAUGAGAGCUGGGGUCAUCACAGUUGCUGCUGCUGGAAAUGAUGGACCAACUGCCGGUACGGUCGCCAACCAUGCACCCUGGAUUUUAACUGUGGCAUCUACUGGUAUUGAUCGCCAAUUCAGGAGCAAAGUUGUGUUAGGCAAUGGAAAAACCACUUCAGGAAGGGGAGUAAACGCAUUCAAUCCUAAGCGAAAAAUGUACCCACUUGUUAUGGGGGCUGAUGCAGCCAAAACAUCUUCGAGCAAGUUAAAUGCAAGUUAUUGUAUUGAAAACUCAAUAGACCCUGUCAAGGUGAAAGGAAAACUUGUCUUGUGCAAAUUAGUGUCGGGACUACCUGAUUCUUAUAUCAAAAGCAUUGGAGGGAUCGGCACUAUCAUCAAUACUGAUUAUAACAUUAGUCUUAUCACUGACCCAAUUUACAUGGCACCAGCAACCACAGUGAAUUCCACCGAAGCUGAACCCAUUCGUGACUACUAUUUACACUCUGUAAGAUCACCAUCUGCAGUGAUAUACAAGUCACAAGAAGUUAAAAUUCCAGCUCCAUUUAUGUCUGUUUUCUCUUCUCGAGGUCCAAGUCCAGCAUCAGAAUACAUUCUCAAGCCUGAUAUUGCAGCUCCGGGUGAUGGUAUUUUGGCAGCAUACACCCCUCUGGCGACACUUACCAAGCGUAAAGGUGAUACCCAACAUUCGAAAUUCUCAUUCAUAAGUGGAACUUCUAUGGCAUGUCCACACGUUAGUGGUGUAGCUGCCUAUGUAAAGUCAUUUCACCCGGAUUGGCCCUCAGCCGUAAUAAAAUCUGCUAUAAUGACAACUGCAACACCUUUGAGCCCAAGAGUGGAUAGUGAUGCUGAAUUUGGCUACGGUGCUGGCCAAAUGAACCCAACCAAAGCAGUGAAUCCCGGCCUAGUCUACAACAUUGAUUCCAUAGAGGAUUACAUUCCAUUUCUUUGCCGAGAGGGCUACAGUGGAUCCAUUCUUGCCUUAUUAUUCAGUUAUAAUGUGAAUUGCUCGGAUUAUCCUCCUCCAACAAGUCAUGAUGCUCUUAACUAUCCUACUAUGCAACUUCAUUUGAAAAACACUCAACGCCCAACCACAGUUGUUUUCCAAAGGACGGUAACUAAUGUUGGUCCUUCUCCAUCCAUUUACAAUGCCACCAUUACAGCACCCAAAGGAGUGGAGAUCACUGUCAAGCCUAUGAGUCUCUCCUUCUCUACUGCCAUCCAGGAGCAGAACUUCAAGGUCGUGGUGAAAGCGAAACCCAUGUCUAAGGGUGUAAAAAUAAUUUCAGCGUCGCUCUCAUGGAGAAGCGCUAGACAUGUUGUCAGGAGUCCAAUUGUUAUUUAUCAAUGAGAAGAUCGACCUACCCUGCAAUGGAUGUCGUGUAAUGAAAAUGCACAAAGGAUGAAAUGCAUGAUCAAAAAUAAAAAUGGAAGAUAAUCCGAUAUACGUACAUGAUUUAGGUGUACUAUGUGCGUGUGUCAUUUUGUAUGUGUAUUGCAACUCGAUCAUUCAUAUGAAUGUUGUUCAUGAAGUUGAAGGUAUGGUAAAGCUGAGAUGUAAGCUUUGUUUGAGUUGCAUUAAUCUUUACUUGCAUCAAGAGAAAUGCUAGGAAUUGGAAUUUUUUUUUAUAUUUAUAUAUUUUUUUAUUUUUUUGUGA